AUGUUCCACAGUACUCUGAGGACUUCGGAGACUCCAGACCACAGUCCCAGAGUCUCAGUCCACUCGGACCACAGUCCCAGAGUCCCAGUCCACUCGGACCACAGUCCCAGAGUCCCAGUCCACUCUGCCGCUCGCAGACGACUGUGGAGGUCCUCCGGCUGCAGGGGGAGCGGCCCCUCGGAGCCCCGCAGACACAGUGUCUGUGUCCUGUCUGCAGAUCUGAACAGUGUGGGAGGAAGAGGAGGCGUCGCUCACACCAUCCAUGGCCUGUGCCACCUCUGCAUCGGCUGGAACCUGCCCCAGGUGACCAUCCAUCGAGGGAAGGAUGGAUACGGCUUCACCAUCUGCUCCGACUCGCCUGUUCGGGUUCAGGGAGUGGAUCCAGGAGGACCAGCAGACCAAGCAGGACUGCAGCAGAUGGACACUCUGCUGCAGCUGAACGGGCAGCCCGUGGAGCAGUGGAAAUGUGUGGAUCUGGCUCAUGCAAUCAGAAAAAGUUCAAAUGAGAUCCAGUUGGUCGUGUGGCGCACUGGUCCUUCUGCCAAACCCACCUUCGAGGGUCUGAUCCACCGUCCCGCCCACAAACCCUCCUCCAGCUCCAACUACGACGCCCCCUCCCCCCCCCUCCGCCGCCGGGACCUCAGCAAGACCCCGCCGGCCGUGCCCCCCCUCCCCGCCCACCACCGAGCCACUGCGGCACACAGACUCCUGCUCAACGGUGGAGGAGGGGGAGGAGGAGGCGGAGGAGGAGGCGGAGGAGGAGGAGGUGGAGGAGGUGCACCCAGCGGCGGCACUCUGGCCUGGGGGGCGAGAGGAGGCUCCUGCGAGGAACUGGACGGGAAGCCGCGCCUCCUCCACCACCCCACGGCCACGCUGAAGGGGACCAGGGUCAAGGCGUCCAACGGAGACAACUACAUCAUCCUCUCCCCCAUCACCUCCUCAGGCCAGGUACCUCAGAGCCUCCUCUCCCCCAUCACCUCCUCAGGCCAGGUACCUCAGAGCCUCCUCUCCCCCAUCACCUCCUCAGGCCAGGUACCUCAGAGCCUCCUGUCCUCCGUCAGGUCCUCAGGCCAGGUACCUCAGGGCUCUGGGGCGCUGCUCUUCCAUCCUCUCCUGCGCCCUCCCCCUUAUCAGAGUCAGAGUCCCAGAUAUGUGUCGCUGCCGUACGUCGCUGCUGCAGAAAGAUAG